CACGGCGCCGGCGGAGGUGGAGGGCUAUGCCGGGCGGCCCGCAGCCGGCCCUCCCGCGGCGGUGGCUGCAGUCCGCGGCGGCUCUCCCGUGACCGGUGGCCCGCGCUGAUCGGCGGGGCGGCGGGCGCCAUGUGGAGCGGCCGCAGCUCCUUCACCAGCCUGGUGGUGGGCGUGUUCGUGGUGUACGUGGUGCACACCUGCUGGGUCAUGUACGGCAUCGUCUACACCCGCCCGUGCGCCGGCACCAGCAACUGCAUCCAGCCCUACCUUGCGCGGCGGCCCAAGCUGCAGCUGAGCGUGUACACGACCACGCGGUCUAACCUGGGUGCCGAGAACAACGUCGACCUGGUCUUGAACGUGGAGGACUUCGACGUGGAGUCCAAAUUCGAGAGGACAGUCAACGUUUCUGUUCCAAAGAAGACGAGGAACAACGGCACGCUCUACGCCUACAUCUUCCUGCAUCACGCAGGGGUCCUGCCCUGGCACGACGGCAAGGAGGUGCACCUGGUCAGCUCCCUGACCACCUACAUGGUGCCCAGGCCGGAGGAAGUCAGUCUGCUCACCGGGGAGCCUGCCGCCCAGCAGGUGGAGGCGGAGCAGAAGCCAUCGAGUGCCCUGGACGAGCCGGUGUCUCACUGGAGGCCCAGGCUGACCCUGAACGUGAUGGUGGAGGACUUCGUCUUCGACGGGUCCGCGCUGCCUGCCGACGUGCACCGCUACAUGAAGAUGGUCCAGCUGGGGAAGACGGUACAUUACCUGCCCAUCCUGUUCAUCGACCAGCUCAGCAGCCGCGUGAAGGACCUCAUGGUCAUAAACCGCUCCACCACGGAGCUGCCGCUCACCGUGUGCUACGAGAAGAUCUCGCUGGGCCGGCUGCGCUUCUGGAUCCACAUGCAGGACGCCGUGUACUCCCUGCAGCAGUUCGGGUUCUCCGAGAAGGACGCUGACGAGGUGAAGGGGAUCUUUGUGGACACCAACCUGUACUUCCUGGCACUGACCUUCCUCGUGGCCGCCUUCCACCUGCUGUUUGACUUCCUGGCGUUUAAAAACGACAUCAGCUUCUGGAAGAAGAAGAAGAGCAUGAUCGGGACGUCCACCAAAGCAGUGCUCUGGCGCUGCUUCAGCACCGUGGUCAUCUUCCUCUUCCUGCUGGACGAGCAGACGAGCCUGCUGGUGCUGGUCCCUGCGGGUGUCGGAGCCGCCAUCGAGCUGUGGAAGGUGAAGAAGGCGUUGAAGAUGACCGUGGUGUGCAGAGGCCUGUGGCCUGUGUUUCAGUUCGGCACUUACAGCGAGUCUGAGAGGAGGACGGAGCAGUACGACACUGAGGCCAUGAAGUACUUGUCCUACCUGCUGUACCCCCUGUGUGUCGGGGGAGCCAUCUACUCCCUCCUGAACAUCAAGUAUAAGAGUUGGUACUCCUGGCUGAUCAACAGCUUUGUCAACGGGGUCUACGCCUUCGGCUUCCUCUUCAUGCUGCCGCAGCUCUUCGUGAACUACAAGAUGAAGUCGGUGGCGCACCUGCCCUGGAAGGCCUUCACCUACAAGGCCUUCAACACCUUCAUCGACGACGUCUUCGCCUUCAUCAUCACCAUGCCCACGUCCCACCGGCUGGCGUGCUUCCGGGAUGACGUGGUCUUCCUGGUCUACCUGUACCAGCGAUGGCUGUAUCCCGUGGAUAAGAGCAGGGUGAACGAGUUCGGGGAGUCGUACGAGGAGAAGCCCCGGCGGAAGUCCCACGCAGACUGAGCCGCCCGAGCCGCUGGGAGGCUCGAGCGGAACUUCCCAGACUGCAUCUUCUGCGUUGCCAAAACCCCGAGAACGCGCCCCAGCGCCCCACAGCCCCCGCCGGUGACGCCCGCCGGGCCGGCCCGGUUCUCCCUGUGUGAAGUGCUCCUUACGGGAACUCAAGCCUGUGGGAGCGCGCUGCACGUGGACUCUGGGAUCAGCGCUCCUUCCCCAUUUGGUUAAUUUUGUUUUAAAGAGGAAUGUAUGUAUGUUUCUAUUUUAAAGUAAACUUCUCUGACUGUGA